AUGAUUCGAUGGAAGUCAGGGCAAAUUGUUGAUCCUAGGUUGCUUGAACUCUUGGAAUCUUUCAAGGAAAUCUAUGUAAAAAGAAAUGAAUUUUUCAAGAAAAUAUUUCCAGGAAAUAUUUAUGAAGAUUUUGUGCAAGUGUUCAAGAAAUUUAGUGAUAAGGCCAUAUGGGAAAACAAGAAGGUGACUACUAUGCAAAGAAGCUUGAGCUUUGGGACUAUUAUUCCAAGGGAAUUCACUGGAGAUGAUCAAUCAGAGCUGAUGCUAGAACGUUUCAAAGUCAGCACUCCCCCUGUCAUGGUUAUUGGACCAAAUGGUAAAGGUGGUCAAACUGAUAAAGGUGACAAAAAUGGCUACUUUUGA